GACAAGACGAAACGGGCGGAAUACGACAAACUAACCGCGGCGCAUUUGAAAGAGCACAACUUCAGCAAGUUUGUCGAUUACGCCCGACAGGACGAGGUUGCGGAGGCACUGUACAAAAAUUACGUUCGCUUCCUCUCGGGGCAGGACGAAGAAAGGCAGGAGAAGGCUGCGGAGAAGCAAAAGUUCGUUUCGGCCACACCACCGUCCGGCGGUGUUGAGCAGUCUAGUCCCAAAACGAGCUCCGCUGAGGAGAGCAAAGUGGAAGGAGGAAUCAUACAGCACAAGGCUUGCUUGAUGCGGGGUGUUCUAGUGGAGGCCGGAAAGGAGGAUAACGACUUGGGUAUGACCAAGUCCAACUGGAUCAGACUGUGGAAAAACCACUGGGAGCUGAAGACCGCGACAACCAGCAAGACGAUCUCCACCACCGCGUUGAGGAAAUCAAUCGGGGGAGGGUUAGUACCCGGAAUACAGGAUGGUACGAAGUCGGGCGGUGUAGUAAUCCGGGGGAACAAGCCGGAACUACACCAGGAAGACAUUAGUGGCCCGGCCGAGAUCGCCCGACUGAUUGGUUGGGCGGACUACUGUCUGAACUUUUCCGACUUCACGAAAGAGAUCCGCCGGCAGGUGCAGAAGGACGCGGCCUACCUGCAGAACACUAUGGAAGCGUCAGGUUUGAAAUCGACAAAGUUGAAAUGAUUUGCCAUGCAUAAAAUGGAUACCAGUCGGAUACCCAAUUUUCAAGCGGCGCAUGACAAAUUUUCCGAGCGCCGGAAUUCAAUUUGUCAUGCUGCUCGGGCACAGAAGACUGCUUUUGUCAUGCUCCUUUAGCAGCUCUACUUCAAACCCCAAACAGGCUGACACGCGGCCUCCCUUGCCAUCCCGGCAAGACAGGCACUUCAUGCCUUGCAUUUUAUGCAUGGCAAAUCAUUUCAACUUUGACGAUUCCAAACCUGACGCUUCCAUAAACACGCACAAGAAGAUCAAGGAAAGGGCGCAGCAUAUCCACAGUACAUUUUCCGUACACGUACAAAUGCGGUCUCCGCAUGACAAAACUUGGCUUCGAUCCUAGUUUAGCAUGACAAGUUUAACGCUCCACAUUGGUGAAAUUUGUGAUGCAUCUUGUACAUGUACGGAAAAUUUGUAUUGCAUAUAGCAGUUGGCGACGACAUUGACCGAGCUGAUCGACGCGAUGGCGGACUGGUGCAUUCUGAAGACCUUGGAACUGCAGAAAACGAAACUCUUUGACGAUUUCAUGCAGGCCCGGCACUUAAAAUCGACCGACGAUUUCCGGUUAUUAUGAACUGCAAAAGCAUCGCGCAAUUAGAAAUUGCAUGACAAAUUUUUGAUAUUGACUUAUCAUUACAAAUUCAAUUUGUAAUGCGGAUUUGCCUGAAGUAGAAGUAGAAAAUUUCUAAAUGCAUAAAACGCAAUUAGUACGAGUGCGAUACUUUUGCAUUGCAUAGCUAUUCGACAAAGCCGAUUGGAAGAAAGAGCAGAAGCAGUCGGAAAAGCUGAUGGGGGUCGAGGCGAACUUCCAGACCGAGGAUUUCUUGGUGAACCUGUUGACGAAAAAAACGCUGGAGUUGAAGCGAUUUGAGGAACGGAAAAUGAUGAGCAGCGGUGGAGGGGAUCCGAAAGAUAAACUAGCGAUCGGCUCUGCCGACGGGGGUACUUCUAAAAAUCUCGAUGUUGACAUCAAGAAAAAAAAGAGCCUUGCUUUGGCCAUUGCCACGCAGCAAAAAGUAGUACCAACAGCGGCGGAAAGGUUUAAGCAGGUAUCAAAUGUAAAAAUGUCUGGGUCUGGAAGAACUCAUGUUUGUCAUGCUUGUCUGGCAUAACUCUUAAAUCUGUCAUGCACGUUACCCAAGAGCUCCGCUUUUCUGUGAUGCAGAAGCGCAGUUUGUCAUGCGGAAUAGGCAACACCUAGGAGCUCAGAAACUUGUCAUGCUGAGCCAGCAUCUGUAGCCUCAUUAUGAGACGCCACCCAGCAUCACAAGUUUCCAGACCCAGACACUUUUACAUUUGAUAGCAGGCGAAGAAGUUGCACUUGUUGAAAGGUUAUGGAGCGCAAAUAUGUCUGGGUCCUCUGGAACUGGAUGGGUCCAGAUAUUUGCCAUACUGUUCUUGCAUGAUCUAGGAGAUCUGGCAUGUAAGCCAUAGCAUCACACGUCUUGGGAAGCUGUCCCCAUGCCUAAUCCGCAUGACAAAUGCCCAGUUUUGAUGGUGCUGAGUUUUGGGCCGCAUUUGCUGUUCAUGCAUCACAGAUCUUUGCGUUGUGUGAAAUUUGCAUCACAAGUUGCAACCUUCCAGACCCAGAUAUUUUUGCACUUGAUAAAGGUCAGAUUCUCUUUCGACAGGACCAGGACGCGUUUGAAGUUUUCGAGCAAAAGUGGAAGGAAGCGAAGGAGAAAGUCGAGGAUAAGGAUUUUUAUUUUGGAAUCUCGAAACCAACCGAGGGCCAAGUGCAGCAGCAUCGGAUUACGAAUUUUGUGAACGAGAAGCUGCGGGAUCUGUCGAUCAAAAUCGACACGAAGAUGCGUGAUAAAGCGUUCGGAAUAAAGAUGAACACUGGAGCAGGAGGUGCGGCAACUUCUACAAACUUGAACAAGAACCUCGCGAUUGCGCAGUUCCUCCAAACGGGUGUAAAGACGGUGAAUAAGCAAGAUAUGGACAGUUUUAAGGGCUUGUCCGAGGAAGAGCGAGCCGUGGUUUGGCUGGACCGGGAAAUCAACUACGCGGUCCGGAUAUGAAAUGCAAAUAUGUCUGGGUCUGGAAACUUGGAACUUGUGAUGCUAACUGUGGAUUCUAAAAAAAAUCUGUAUUGCAUGACCAGCAAGAGGAGUCCAGUUUGUGCUACGCGGGGAGGCCAUUUGAUUGUGAUGCGGAAUUAUAGGCAUCAAGACGUAGUCGGAAUAAAAUCUGUGAUGCUACUACCUAGGGAAUACAUCACAGACGUCACGGGUCAUGUAAAAUCUGCAUGACAACAAGUUGCAACCUUCCAGACCCAGACAUACUUGCAUUUGAUGCCAGAAACUGAAGGAGGGAACAAGCAAGACAUCUUCUUCACUUAGCUCCAAAACCGCCGCGGAAAACAAGAAGAAAUUGUUGCAGAACAGCCAGAACAAGAUUGCGUUUGCAAACUCGAAAGACACAGACGGCGGGAGUGCGAAUGUAAGGAAACUGCACUUAACUUCGUUCUUCAAAACUUUCGGAGACGAAUUUGAAGAGGCCCGGGACUGCGCGCUCUUGGCGUCUGUGUUGCCGAAUUAUAAUUCCAAGCCUACUUCGACCUCCGCGAAAAGCCCAGGACCACAGUCCUCGGGAGUGCUUGAUGUUCUCGGGAAGAGCAAAUCUUCCCUGUACAUCCAAGAGAUGAAGAACGUCACAAGGAAAAAGAUUGACGCGCGGAAUUUCAAAUACGACGUGGAUUUCCGACAAGAGGUAGCGGGGAGGUUAAAACGGAUGCUGGAGGAUGUAGGAAGAAACGAGAAACAAGGAGAACCGGCACAACUAGCCCUACAGGACACCUCCAAUGACCGACAACAAGAAGUGCUCUCCUACGACGAAGUUUUCGAUCCCUCAACUCCAAGCGUUAAAAACCCGAACGAAAGUGGUUCUCUUGCAAACAAAAGGAAAAGUGGAGCGGUCGAUCGUUUUUUCGGCACGACCGGCGACAUGAAAAAGCCACUUGCUGGAAGUAGCACGAAGAAUGAUGCCUCGACAAAUAUAAAUAAACCUUUCUUCAUUCUGGAAACGGAGCCUUGCGGAGCUUGUGACUUCCUCACGACGAGUUGUACUUCUAGCAGUGACGUAGUUUCUACUACAAUUCGGCAGAAAGAGCUGGACCUCGUGGACGAGUUUUUGCCCUUUACAGGCGCCUGGUGCAAGAAAAUCGAUGUCGUCUCGUCGGCUUCAUCUUCUGGCGGCGGGGGACCGACGUCAACACCGCAGCCGAACCAACAAGCCGACCCCGACUUAGAGCAGGAGAUUCAGGAAAUCGAGAAAAAAAUCCAGGAAAUCCUAUGCAUUGCAAAAGUAUCGUAUUCGUAGAAAUGCAUUACAAAUUUUCUCGACAUGAGAAAUAAAAUUUGUAAUGCGGAUUCACCUUAAGGAAAAGAAUUGUAGUGCAUGGCUGCAAUUUUUACUACGAGUGCGAUACUUUUGCACAGGAUAAAUCCAGAAGCACUACAACGAGGUAAAAAACGGCGCGAAAAAUCUCGGACGGAGCGAUGCGAGUAUGCAAUACUAAUUUCGUCCCGCUGCACAUGUACAAGAUGCAUGACAAACUGCGCGAACUUGAAGCGACGUCCAACUUGUCAUGCUGACAAUGAUUGAAAGCAAGUUUUGUCAUGCAGAAACAGCACUUGGAUUUGUGCGAACGUCGUCGUGUGUGGGAAAUUUACAGUGGAUAGCGAGUGUGAAGAAAAUCUUAGCCGGGUACAGCAACGAGAUUGUGGAAAUCCAGCUGGUAUGCAUUGCAAAGGUAUCGCACUCGUAGUAAUUGCAGUCAUGCAUUACAAAUCUUUUUCUUAAGGUAAAUCAGCACUACAAAUUUCUUUUCUCAUGCUGAGGAAAUUUGUAAUGCAUUUAGACGAAUGCGAUACUUCUGCACUGCAUAUCUGUCGCAGAUAAAGCUGAGGAAACAGAAGUUGAAACGGAUAUUACCCGAAUUGAGGUUCGAAGCCGGUUGCGCCGAACGGGGGAAAGCGGUGUAUUGCGAAGCGGAGGUGAAUAUCAAGUGCAAAAAUGUCUCGGUCUGGAAGAUUGCCUGGUUUGUCGUGCAUAUUUUGCACAACCCAUGAUGCCUGUAAUGAAUGACCUAGCAUCAGAGAUUUUUAAAAGGGCCUUCUGGUUCUGAUGCGUAUUCCGCGUGAGAAAUGCGGCCCUGUCCGCGUAGCACGAAUGGAACUCCUCUUGCUGGUCAUGCAAUACAGAUUUUUUACCUUGUUCCAAAGACAGCAUCACAAGUUACAACCUUCCAGACCCAGACAUAUUUGCAUUCCAUAGUGAACGACUUCGUGCAGUUUUCCUCGAGCCAAAAUUUCUCAGGUACGACUACAGGAGGCUCUGGAACGCCCCGAGCUGCAGCAGCUGCGAAUAGUACAGGAAAUAGAAAUCCGGGCGACAUAGCGAACACAAGAAUGUACUACCAGCAACACCACAGGGAAGCGGUGAUUCAAGUUUGCGAAAAGAUCCCGACUCUAUCACAGGAAAAAGUGUUAUACGUUAACGGUUUUCACAGAUUCUUGCAGUCAUGCAUCACAAAUGUAGUUCAAUAUGCAUGCUAUGCAUGACAAAUUCUGACACGUCUUGUGAUGCAUUUCUGCGUCACAAAUUCCGUUAACGUUAACACUUUUUCUUGUGAUAGACUCUUCCCCCCAUGCAGACCUGGCACAACCAGAAGGGGAGGCUGACCGCAAAUCGGCCGGAGACGGUGGAGAUCUCGAAUCAGGUAGACAGAAUCAAACACCAGAUGAAAACUAUCGUGCCGACCAUUCACGCGGACCUGUUCACGUUGUCGCAGUUAGUGACGUUGCCGUUCAUGGAAGCAGAGGACAGGAGGAAGUUGGAGUUCGACGUUUUGGUUUUGCCCAACGGGGCGAUUUGCUUCAAGUGCGUUUCUAUCCACGAUCCGGCGGACGAUAGUGAAAUAGAUGGCGGAGAGGUCGAGGACGACGUUGAUCAGGAAAGAACGGACUCGCUCUCGUUCCCGUCCAAAGCCGACCUGGCGAAUUGCGAAGUGGAGGGUCCGGACGCGAGUCUGAUCACAGCUUUUACGUUAUCACAAGCAAAAGUGUUAAGGUUGAGGGUUUUCACAGAUUGGAGCCAUGCAUCACAAAUUUAGCUUAGUAUGCAUGUUAAGCAUGACAAACUUGGACGCGUUUUGGUUAUGCGUUGCUGCGUCACAGAUUCCGUUAAUGUUACCACUUUUUCCCGUGAUAUACGCAGCAGGAGCUGAGGUUGAGCGGGAACGAAUCCGCUGCCGCAGCGAUUCUUGCGGGUUCAACAUCUCCGCCGGCGCUGAAGAGACAACGCAAGGACAGCGACGACAUUGCUCUUGCUGGGCAGCAAGAUGAAAGAACCUCGAGCAGCGCCAGCGGCGGUGGAAGUUGUGCGAUCGAAGAGGACCAUCUGCAUUCCCUAGCUGGUGCAAAUAAAACAUCAACUUCCAGCACGACGCUCCAUAACACAGUCUCCCCUUCCUGGGAGCUUUGCCGGUCCCGCCUCAUCCAGGCCGGUCGGGGUUCGCAGCUGUGCGCUUUCGGGCAACGGAAGACGAAAGAGGAGGCAAGUAUACACUAUUACGAGUUCGCGUUGAAUACCCAUUACAUCCUGCUCGCAAAGCCCAUCGAAGCGUGUUUCAAAGUCCAGAAUUUACAGCACAAGCUCGACUUUGGCAAGCAGCAACCGAUCAGCUUGAAGUGUAUGCGGUACAAGCCGCCAAAGGUCGGGAAUGCAACUAGCGCGCACCCGGAGCCGAAGUUGUAUCGGAAGCAAUUGCUGCAAAUUUGGGGGGAAGCAAUGUGGAUAUCACAGGAAAAAGUGUUAACGUUAACGGAAUUUGUGAUGCAGUGACGCAUCAGAAAAGGUGCGCAAAUUUGUAUUGCAUAGCAUGCAUAGAAGGCAAAACUUGUAACGCAUGACUGCCAUUUGUGAAAACCGUUAACGUUAACACUUUUUUGUUUGAUAGUGGAUGGAGGAAAAUCACAGCCACUUGGUUUAUUUUAUCGACGAUGGGAAAGUCAUACCGAGGACAACUUCUGGCGGUAGUAGCAAUAAACCUGCAUCACCCGACGACCAUCUCCACCCGGAUUUCUAUCAAAUGUAAAAAUGUCUGGGUCUGGAAGGUUGGAACUUGUGAUGCUAACUUUGGACUCUAAAAAGAUUUGUAUUGCAUGACCAGCAAUAGGAGCCCAGUUUGUGCUACGCAGGGAGGGCAUUUGUCAUGCGGGAUAGGCAUCAGGAAGACCUCUACAAAUAUGUGAUGCCAGACCAUGCAUUACAGACAUCAUGGCUCAUGGAAAAUAUGCAUGACAAAAUCUCGCAAUCUUCCAGACCCAGACAUUUUUACGUUUGAUAAUUUCAAGCAGUUGACAAAAGAACGGAUGAUAACCAUCGGGAAAAAUUACAAUUGGAGCCGGUGCCGAGGGUUCGAAUUUGUGGACAAACUAUUCUCCUGGAUUCAUUCAGGCAUGAUCACUGGGCGUUGCCAGUGGCGGACGCGGUUUAAACUCUUCUGCAGUUCUACGAGGACAGAUCAGCUAUUCCCUGAAAAUUUUUAACCACCCCCAGCCGGUCAUUUUCUGCAUGGCAGGCACUGAAUUUACUACAUGUUUUGCAUGACAAAUUGGAAGAUUAUGGGGAUGGUUAAUGUUUCAGGGAAUAUCAGCCGAUUGAGACGGAUCUGUGCGACAUGCUGGUCCUGCGCGGUUUAAAAUACGAUGAGCAGAAGCCAAUGACUCGAGCACCAGUGAGCUUGAACUAUUUCGGCGGGUUCUGUGAUUUGAAGAAGAACUACAAAAACGUGGGUAGUAGUACAACAGCCUCCUCUUCUAUCGUACAAAAAAAGUGUUUCACUGUAAGGAUCUUACAGGUUUUGCAUCACAAGUUUGUUCUACAUGACCGAGAAAAUUUGCCAUGCGAGGUUCCUAAAGGGAAAACACAGCGAAAAAUCCACAGUCUUGCAUGUGUAGCAAGACAAACGCUUGCGAGAUACACUUUCUGCAUUACAAGUUUACAGUGAAACAGUUUUUUCUGGGGAUAUCUUCAUCUUCUGGUCAACGACUUUCCACCACCCCGACUUCCGCUGCGGCUGCUAUGGAGUUCUCAAACGUUACACUCUCAACUGUUACAUGCAUUUGUCAUGCAAAGUUGCCAACAGCCUCCACUUGAUGAAGGUGCUUUAGCAUGACAAAUUUUCGAAGGGCUAAGCAGCAUGGUAAUCUGUGGCAAAAAAUCUGUGAUGCGAAAUAUGCUGCAACGUUGCCACUUUUACUGUUGCUGUUCUUGCAUUAUGUAACGUUUGAGAACGCUAUAGGUGCUAUGUGGCAGAGGACCCCGAGUCUCGGCAGUCAGCACCCGGGGGGAUUGCUGCCGAACGAGACAAUGUAUGAAAUGCAAAUAGGUCUGGGUCUGGAAGAAUGCGACAUUUGUCAUGCUAGUCUGGAAUGACUCUGCACUCUGUAUUGCGUGGCCACCAAGCGGCCCGCUUGCCUUUCAUGCGAAUAAAGCGCAGUUUCUCAUGCGAAAUACGCAUCACAGAAGCACGAAAAGAGUUGUCAUGCUUGGCGGCGCAGUACAGAGCACUCUAUUGUUCACGGAGUUGCAUCACAAGUUUCCAGACCGCCAGACAUUUUUGCGAUUGAGACAAUGCAGCUGCAGUUUGACACGUUAGUCAAGGAAGUACUGGACGAGGUAGAAACCAUAUCGCAAGAAAAAACUGUUUCGCUGUAAAUUUGUAAUGCAGAAACUGUAUCUGAGAAGUGUUUGUCUUGCUAUACAUGCAAGACACUAGAUUUUUAGCUGUGUUUUCCCCUAGGAAUCUCGCAUGGAAAAGUUUCUCUGUGAUGUAGAACAAACUUGUUUUGCAAAAUAACUUACAGUGAAACACUUUUUUCGUACGAUAAACCACGUCGUCAAAGGCCCCCGCCAUUGUAACCGGGAAGAAGAUGUCCUCGCCAUCGAAACGCCCGCCGAGCGACAACAAGAAGGGCACGACUAGCAAAGAAGAUGAACCAGAAACGGCGAUGAAAGUAGACGAGACCUUGGAUGAAAAGCAGAAAGUCCUCGCUUUGUUCAAACAAAAACAGCAGAAAAUCAAAUCUCUCCCGAAGAUCUACUCCACCAUCAGCCCUUUCUCCCCGUAUUUCCAGCUUCUCCAAGUGCCCUACGGGUGGCAUUUGCGGUACUCCCGCUCCAGCAAUCGGUCCUACUACGAGCACGCAACCUUCAAGCAAGAGAAAAUCCAGAAUUGGCAAAAGCGUGAGAAGCCGCAACUAUUGGCAAAACUGGAAGAAGAGAAGAAGAAGCUCACUGAGGAUGUCGCCUCGAAGAGGCAGCAAGCAAGAGUCGAGCACUACAAGAAUGCGUUAAAAGCGCAGCAUCCGGACAAGAUGCGAUUUCACUCUUGGACGGAAUUGUACAAAACACCCAUUGGGUGGCAAGCGAGAAUUCCUUCUGACGUGUGGAAAAACGAAAUGAGUUUCAAGAAGAUGCCAGAUUCGGUGGAGUUUGGUAGGUUGCAGAAACUGGAAAACCAGAAGAAACCGGACCAGAGGAAACUACUCGAUCCGGAGGACACGAUAUGCAUCGCAAAAGUUUAUCGUAUUAGUGGAUUAAUUGCAUUACAAAUUAGCUUAGCAUGACUGAUGUAAUUUGUCAUGCUGUUUUAGCUGAGAAAUGCUGAACUGCAAUUAGUACACGAGUGCGAUACUUUUGCAGUGGAUACACGAAGUCGCGGUACGACGUGUACUUUGAGAACUCGUUUUUGGACAAGAGGUUCACCACCGGCGGCAGUACAGAUAUCACAAGAAAAAGUGUUAACGUUAACGGAAUUUGUGAUGCAGUGAUGCAUCAGAAAAGGUGCGCAAAUUUGUAUUGCAUAGCAUGCAUGGAAGGCAAAACUUGUAAUGCAUGACUGCCAACUGUGGAAAGCCUAAUGUUAACAUUUUUUUUGUUUGAUAACAGGCAGUGGCGCUUCCUCCUCCGCGGCGAAAACGACGAAUAGCACGGUUAUUCCGACUGACAUGCAGGAGUUGCUGAGAGCGACGGACACCUUUGACAACCGGAACUUUUUCAGCUUGAAAAACUCGACGAUCAAACAGAACACUUCGCUAUCCUGUGUGAGAAAAACGUCCCAACCCCGAAGUUGUCAUGCAGAUUUGCGAUUACAGGAACAUUUGUCGUGCGCAUCUCCAUGAAAUGCAUUUCAGAUCGUGUUCUAAAAUUUGUAAUGCUGUAAACAGGAUGACUGAAUUGCUUUGUCAUGCAGCUUCCCUUGCUGACCACACUACGCUGCAGAUGGAAAGAACUUGUCAUGCGCAACUCCCAAAACUUGGAGACUUGUCUAGCAGACUUGACUAUGGGGUCCUCGUGGGGACGUUUUUACUCAGGACAUUCCCUCUCCUCCGUGGACCUUCUCGCCGUGAAACUGCAAAAAGACGAGAUUUCCGAAGAGGCCGUGGCGAAUUAUCUGAAACAGGAGGCAAAUCGGUUUUACACGGCGAACGUGACGGACUGGAAUUUGCCGUUUAAAUCCGCAGACCAGUCGACCAGGGAUUGGUUGGUCAGUCAAAACGGGAUUUUUCUAGUGAGAAAGUUCGGCCACGAGAGGAGUAUCAAGGAUUUUACCAGUCCGGAGUUGGCGAAAGUGGAUAUGGACGACUGGAGACACGAAAAACGGGAACAACCAGAGACUCUCGCUAUCAAAGUGAAAAAAAAACCCUCCCCCUAUCGAAACGAAGUUUCUGAUGCUGGAUUUGCGAACACAAAUCAGAUUUGUCUUGCUGGAGAGGACUACAGACGCAUAGUAAUCCGGAGCAGAGCGGCUUUGGCAUAGGCACUUAGCAUGAAGAACGUCCGCACUGCAGGCCCAACAGCAUGACAAAACGCCUGCAAAAUGCGGCGGAGACUGUGGAGCUGCCUUCUUGCAAGACAGACGCGAUCUGUGGCCACAAAUCAGCAACGCAAAUUGUCGAAGACGUGACCACGCGUCAAUAUGUGUAUGGGGAGGGGGGAUUUUUCCGUGUGAUACUCGUGGACGACGCGGCUGUUGAGGACGUGUUUGCUGCGCUGGAUGGGAAUAACGCCGGGUAUUUUCAUGGGGCAGGACGAACAAUGUAUGGCGAGGAAGUAGACCAAGGAUGGUCACUGGAGCGGGAGCUUUUUGAACAGCAGCAGGAGAUAAAUAACGAAAAUGGAGGCGGACCUCCUCCGCAGUUGUUCUACAACGAAUCUGUACUGCAAUUUCAGCAGCAAGUGCAACAGCAAAUUCAGGAGUACCAGUUGCAAUCUCCGAAUUUUGAUGUCAAAGAGGACGAGGACCAGCAGCAGCAUCGUGAUUUCUCACAACCGCAGGCGCACCAGCAACAAGCGCAUCAACUGGAGGGCGCGCAUCAGCAUCUUCAGGAGCAAUACGGGUGGUGGAGCUCGCCGGAGGAACAGCAGCGUGUCGGGUGGAAUAAUAUUACCGCUACAUCGCCCUGUUCUUGUGAAGGAAACCAAAACACUUUGUUCAAUGACAGUCUGCGUCUGUCCCGGUUGCAGAGGAGCUCGGAGGACUUGUUAUCCACCGGGAAAAAACACCCAUCCCCAUCCAAUUUGUCAUGCACAACAUGUGUAUCAGUUCAACAGGGCCCGCGGUUCAACAAUGUACCUACCAGUUCAAUACCGCCCCGGGGCCUAAAUAUCCUAGAACAAGCAGGCCAUUUGAUAUGCUCGGCGCCAAAAACAUAUGCAGGUGGAGGAAGGAGUAGGGGGGGCGUUCCUGACCCAAAGGUACGCUCCUGAUCUCAGUGGUACUUAGUCGACCCGGGGGGCCAGGUAUUACCUGACCCCCGGUUCGGGUCUGUGCCUGCAAUGCUGCAGCGAAGUCGUUUUAGAUGGUGCUGCAGCACAGCUGCGCGCACCUUGAUGGGCGCCAAAGGCCCCAAGUCUGUCGCUACAGAAAACGGUAGCCAUGACUGCGAUCGGCCCUAGUGUUCGACCGCUUUCUGUUUGAAACCAGCGCCGCGCACACAGCUUCGGUCUUCGUGCGCCCAUUGAUCGGAAGCAGCGUCCCUAAAUCCUACGGCCGGCAGCCGUGCCACCGUAAACAAUAGUCGCGCAGCGCUUCGCGCCUCACAAACCAAAAUCGCGCGCGCGCGCGCCAAAAUACAGGACCUUUUGGGGCUUGUUGCGUGCACAUUCUUUUUGCGACAUAUGGCGCCCGCAAGAUAUGCUCUGUAGCUCAUCGGGAUUCUUUUCUCCCGUUGCCCGCUCUUUUUUUCGGGGUUUGGCACGUGCACUACGUAUGGUUCUCUUCUUUUUCGUAUGCCCGGAACCUUCACGAACUAAGUAGUUCGUGAACUGGGGUACACUCUCGAACCGAUUCACAUGCAUAAAAUCCGCUAGUUGUCAUGCAAAAAAUGGAUGGGGAUGGGUGUAGAAGUCUUUUCCUAGAUACUUAUCUGAGGAAGAACAUUUAGAAGACCGCCUGAACGACUUACUCCCGUACAGCUUCUACGGAGGGGAUAGGAUGAAGGACAACGGUACAACUACUAGGGGCGAACAGCAGGAGACGAACCAGCGAGCUUCAAAAAUAUUGCCAGACGAGCCGCGACAUCAUCAACAUCAUGACGCGGUGGAGGAACCUGUUCCGUUUAAUAGCGAAGGAUCCUUUUUGCUGCCUCUGGAAGUAGGAGAGACGCAGAGAAUCAACGCGGAGACUACACCAGGAGGCACCGCUCGUCGUGCCAGCGAGGAUCAUCCUCUCCUAGAAGAGCACCAACAGGACGAGGACGAGGACGAGUAUGACGAAGCGGCGGAGGCCCGGGAGCUCGCUAAGGAAUUGGAAAACGGUCUCGGCGCUCUGGUGUUGGAAUCGCCAGAAUUGCUGGUCUCGUUGGCAGAGAGCUUGGAGAAGGAGGAGCAGGAAAAAAUGAAAAAGGAGAAGGAGGAGGCUGAAGCUCAAGCUGCAAAAGUAGUAGAGGACAAAGAAAAUAUUAUCCCCACAACUAGUACAACUGGUGGCCGUGCACCAGCUGCACAAACGAGAAGUUGUCCAGGGGCGCGGCGUCCUAGUUCUCGCGAUAAAAAAGCAGCAGAAGACGACUACGAUUUUGAAGCAGAAUUGCAGUCUCCCACGGAUGUGACCGCGAAGAACCAGCAGGAUACGACGGUAAAUAACACUUCUGCAGGACGAGCGGCGUCAAGCGCCAAGGAUCAACAGCAGAGUAAAUAUCUCAAACUGCCACUGGAGGAGCCAGACGAAGCGGGUGAUGAUGAUGUCGAAGAUGAUCACGAUUUGGAUGACCACUGGGAUCUUCUUCGCGGGGAGGACGAUGACGAUCAUUGGGAUGGAUUGAACUCGCCCGGGGCCGCUGGGGAUAAUUCAGAGGCUCCUGAGCACAAGAACAUCAAUAAGCGAAAACUACUACACAAGCGAAAGCUUGUAUGAUCAUCCACCUCGCGGCACACUUUCAUCCAUUUGAAUUUGCACUGUGACAAGAAACUUCGUGGUAGCUUCAAGUUGAUUGUAGGAAGUUGAAGUGAUAGAGUAUCUGACUAACUCUAGGUCUAGAUCAGCGUCACUGGGGGCUUCUUUACGAGAAGGAGAAGAUGACAGAAAGGUAUUAAUUUUCAUCGCAGCGCGUUCUCAUUAUCAUAUCAUGAUGUUUGCAUGCGCAUUUUUUGGCAACGACCAUGGUGCGUCUUGGUCUUGGUUUCAGGGCAGCAGCC